AUGCAGAAACAACCAGGUAACAAAGCUUACAAUUCGUGUGAAGGAGACGAAGUGCAACAUCAUCAUCCGCAUACUGCUGAUCAUGAUCAGAGAAUACUAGUUGGAGGGAGAGAGGAUGAUGUUAACGAAGGAUUUACUCCAACUUUAUCCGAAGCCUCAUCACUCAAUGGUGCGCUCGGAAAUAUUAUGGUUGAUGAUGAAGAUGAAUUGUAUCAACAAGAAAGUUUGAAUGUCGUACCCAUUCGCCUUUCAUUUGAGAAACAUCCUUUAUUGAUUGAAACUGUUAUUCAGCACUUGUUUGAUUUUACAGAUAAUCCCUUUUCAAUAUUGCUGGUCAAUCGGACUUGGUACCUCUACUUUCAUCAUGUAUAUAUUCAACAAAAGAGCAGAAAUAAGGAUGAAAAUCAUCCGUCCUUUUUGGAGAGAAUUGGACGUUCUAUUGCACGGAGGGAUAUGAAAAAAUUAACAAAUUUUGUGUACAGUAUGCAUGUCAUGCAUAGCCAUUUAAUGAGAGGAAUAACACAUGUACAAAUUCAAGAGAACAAGAGCAAAAAAGAUGAGGCAUCAUCAAUGGAUGUGUGCAUGACGUUGUCAAACGGCAAUAUUAUCAAGAAAGAUAGCUCUAAAAGCACAUGGGAAGAAUUUACAAUUACACAAAAGAAAAAAACUCACGAAAGCCCAAAACCUAUUUCGUCCUCCACACAACAGGAAUUUUUUGAUCAGGCAGAAGAUUCCAUACUUGGAGGAAGCAAUGUUCUUUCAUCUGGCACAAAAUCUUACUGCACUGCAGUGGUUAGCAAAAAGUCCAAUGAAGCCAAUGAAAAAAGAUUUAUUGUGACAGGAGGAAAUGAUUGUAUUAUCCGAGUACUCGACUAUGAAACUGGAGAGCUACAAGCUUCGUUUAGCAAGGCGAACAGGCAGCCUAUUCUUGCUCUUUCGUUGAGUGGAGACAAAAUAUUCAGUGCUUCUGAUGGCGUUUAUGUUCUGCAAUACAAUCAGGUGGAUGAAGUAAAAACGGAAAUACCAGAACAUCUGAAUGAUAAAGAAGAUCAUGAAUUUGAAAAGAGGACUAAAUUUCAAAUACCAAAGACAAAAUUGUCCAAGGAGGAAGAAAAGAAGAGAGAAAAAGAGUUAAGGAAACAGUACCAAAAAAAGCAGAUCAAAGAAAAGAAGGACAGAGGCACUUUAAAAAAGUCAAGAAUUGUAUUACUCAAAUCGUUCAAGCAUCAAUAUGCUGGGCUUGUGACAUCAAUGCAGAUUCACAAAUAUGACAAAUCUCAUUUGUUGCUCAUCACUUCACACACUGAUAACAGCAUUCGAUUAUGGGAUUACCACACUGAAACUGUGUUAGCUGUCAUUAUUGGUGAUUAUUGUGCACCAGUAUUUUCUGCAUUUCUCUCGUUCAAAGGAUUUGGGAAGCAAAAGUAUUUUAGUGUAUGCUCAAUUAAUGACAGUUUUGAAAAUGCUUACGUAUGGAAUCCCAAUACCUUACUACCAUCUCCCACAGUUCAGUAUAACAGCAACCCAAAUGCAACCAUUGAGGAUGUUCUAUUUAGGAAAAGAAAUUAUGAUAUUUCGUCUCAAAAUAUUCUAUUUCCUGAGAAACACUGCAAAGAAUUUGCAUUCUUUUCACUCACAACUCCUUUCCAGACCAUUUUUUCCAUUCCUUUCCAAAUUGAAGAAGAUAUGCUAUCAUGUUUAGGUAGAAGAACUUCAGAAAUUGGAAUAUUUCAGCCCAAUGUUAGUUUGGAUAUCGUGAAUAAGAGAGAAAACCCUCCCAUUGAAAAACUCAAAAGUCAGGUUCAUGAUAGUUCUAGCAGCUAUCUUUUAGAUGAAAUAUCGCAAAUUCUUGAAGGAGUUGGAACAACAUCUGCCAAAGAGAUUGCAGCAACUUUGAAAGAACGAAUUGAAAAAACGCUUGAAGAACCCUUACUUACAUCUACAAUUGCAGAAUUAAUCAUAUGGUAUGCGUGCAGAAGCUCCAAUGCACAUUUUUCUCAAGUAUUUAGUGAAAUUUGUUACAGAAUUUUGUUUGGACUAAAAACAGGACCAUCAAAGGAUUCUAUCUAUGAUGUCUUGAAACGAGCUCUCCUAUCUGAAAAAGAGCUCUUGGAUUUGAAGACAUCUUCCAAAUUACAUCCAUUAUUUCAUACCAAGUUGUCGCAUGCAUUGCUAAUUGCCAACCUUUUCCACAUGUAUCCAAAUUAUUUUAGGAGAGUGCUGCGGGAGGUCAUUUUGGAUGUUGAAAAGGAUUUAAGGUCAUCAUGGGAAGCCAAAAAUAUGGCUGCUACUAGCUUAAAUAUAAUGCGAAUGUAUAUUUUACUCAUUGUCCCAUUUACAGAUAAGCCUGUAGAUAUCUCCUAUGUUGUCUUGAGCGUUAUUGAUCCAGAACAUCUGGCUUCCAUUUCAGAUAUUAUCAAGGAGAUUACUCUCAAUACCAAUUGGGAUAGCUCGUUUUACUAUGUCACGAUUGCCAAGGAAAUGCUAUCUAUAUUGGAGUCAAAACACAUUUAUGAUUGGAAAUGCAAUUUAGAGCAAGAUUUCAUUUGCAAGAUAUAUUACACUGCUGCCUCUUUUAGAGCGUAUUACACAAAACAAUUUGUGAAAAACAACAUUUACAAUUCGCGGGAGCGUAUAAUCUAUGUUGAAACAGAAGCAGUACCGUACCUCUAUGGAUUUGGCAAACGAAACAUUAUGAAAAUUCAGCAGCAAUCAAGGGCAAGCGUUUUCAUUGGGAAAAGGCCUAACGAUCACGAUAGGCGAGACAAAAUUUCUACCAAGAAACAACAUCAAGAAGGUGACACUUUUAAAAAGAAGCAAGAAAAACGACAUCAAAAAGAGGAACAGUGUAAAAAACAGCUGUUAGGAGAUUACACCAGCGUAUCCGUCAGGGGAGAAAUUCGCCAGGUGGAUUUGGCCCUUGCAUUAGUGGACAAUCUACUCAUCAAUUUUUAUGAUAAGCAGCAAAAAUUCAGCAGAAAGUUUGCUCCAAUCACCUCACUAUUUUUGUUACAUGACAUGAUCAACGUUGAAGAAAGCUUCCUUCUCUUUACACCAUAUACCAGACUUCCACUUGGUAUCAAAUAUAUCAAUGAGAGAAGAUUUGCUCUGAAACCCAUUGGAAAAGAGCAUGAGAAGGUUCUUACACUUUCACAAGCUCUCGAAAAUCCUGUUCUUUCGAGUCAAAACCUAAAACACAUUAGCUAUGGUAAUGGAACAAUCUCAAGAAAGGUUUAUUUGAAUUUACAGAAUGAUGUUACCUUUUGUUCGGAGAAAUAUUAUUCAGACAAGGUAUUUGACAACCUGUCAUGUAUUCUACAAAGCCUUAGAGAUUACUCACAGCAACGUUUGAAAGUCAAGUUAACAAUUGGAAAAUUAUUCUUUUACCAGUUACCUCAACAUAUUGAGAGCAACAAUAAUUGUAUUCCAUUUUGUAAUUUUCUCUAUUCAUUCAACCAAACAAUUCAUAAUGCAUCUGAGGAUAUUAAGGCAUUGCUUUUAAAUCCAGCCAGGCAUCAUUCAGAAAAAAAAGUAAUGGAUUUGAAGUAUUCAUUUGAUGACAAUGUUUCAAAGCAUCACCAGGCAACAAUAACCUCUAAAUUGGCACCAUCAAUGGCCAAAAAAUUUGAAUCUGUGAUGUGUAUAGAAAUAGCGGACAAAAAGAACACCCAGUUAUUACACUUGAAGUUUAUUGUUAAAUCUGGUGAUCAUGUUACUGUGCAAUUCAAGUCUUUGAAAACCAUUCCUGCAACGCUAUGUCAUUACUACUACUUGAAUCUGACACAAAAAGGAUCAAGACAAGAAUGUGACAGCUUAAUAAGCUUUUCGCCAAAUGGAGAAAAUGUAGAAAGCCAGUAUUAUAUUUUAAUCAAAUUUGCGCAACACUUGGAAGAAUACUCGACCUCAAACAUUCAAACCAUUAAUCAACUAUUGGAUUAUAUUAAGUAUCAAUUUUUAGAGUUGGAGGAAAAUGAUAAACCCAAGUAUAUUAAUCUACACGAUAACUAUAUGUUGUCAAACGUUACAGUUGCACAAAUAUACACUUUUGAAUGUUUGUACUCAAAACUGGAUACAGACAUUUCUUCGAUAAGUAUGGGAAUUGAGAGAAAUUUGAACGAUUCUGAUAUUCCCUUGAAAAUCAAGUUGAUCUAUAUGCAACACCAUUGCUCGCUCCACUCUACAGUGACAAGAUAUCAAUGGAAGAUGGAAAUUGUCAAGAAACAUUAUGCUAGUGAGUCAGCAGAAAAAGAGGUCAUUCCACUUCUUGAUGCUUCUGACAUACUUUUGUACUAG